UUAUCUUAUCUGUACAAUGUUUUUGUGAACUGGAAUACGAGUGCGGAAUGAAGACGUUCACGUUUAAGCGGAAGCAGAACAGGCCUGUGGGUGGCGCUGUGUGACCGGAAGGCCGCUAACCGGAAGUCCACGCAGAGAACUCUCCAGAAAGGAUUCGAAUCACAUUCUCGGAGGCUCCGUCGUGAACACGAGAUUUUCAACCAUGGUUAAAAUUUUUGUGGGGAAUCUGCCCCGAGAAGCUACAGAGGAUGAAAUCAAGGCGCUGUUUGCAGAGUAUGGCACGGUCACGGAAUGUGCCAUCAUCAAGAAUUUUGCCUUUGUCCACAUGGAGGAUCGGAAGGCUGCUACUAAAGCGAUCAAGAAUCUUCACCUGCACAAGCUCCAUGGUACACCCAUCAACGUAGAGGCCAGCCAUGGGAAGAACCAGGGCUCAGUCAAGCUGCAUGUAGCAAACGUAGAGAAGGGGUGUGACGACGAGCUUCGUGCUCUGUUUGAGGAGUACGGCACGGUCACAGAGUGUGCCGUUGUGAAGAACUUUGCUUUUGUGCACAUGCCCAACUAUGACGAGGCCAUGGAUGCUCUUAAGGGUCUGGAUAACACUGCUUUUCAAGACAAACGCAUCCAUGUUCAAGUUUCUAAGAGUCGUCCCAGAUAUGAAGAGCCUGAAGACUACCCUCCUCCCCCGCCAGAUAGGGGCGGCUACUGGCCUCCACGUUACCCUGGAGACCGGCAUGAGCCUCCCCCACCUGGCUACUUGAGGGGCCGCCCUAUGCCCCCAGGUUACCCCGCCCCUCCUUUGCCACCCCCUCCCCCCAGACGAGCUCUGUAUCCAGAGCGUCCCUAUGAAGGGGAGAGGGUCAGAUACAGUGUGGUAGAUUACUAUGAGAAGUAUAGAGCCCGUCCGUAUGGCAUCCCCCCAUAUGAGGACCAGCGUUCUGGCGCCCCGCCUCCUCCGCCUCCACCCCCAGCCGUCGUUAGAGACCGUCUUAUGACCUCGCCUCUUGACCCGUAUGAGCGUCGCCCCCUUCCACCACCACCACCUCCUCCUCCGUCAUCGUACUACGCUCGAGACCGCAGCCCCAUCCGGAGGGCGCCUAGCACACCGAUGCCUCCUGCUAGUAAUGGCUACUCCUAUGAGCGUUCAGCUUAUGGAGUUCCACGUGCAAGAGACCCCUACGCUGACCGGCUGCCUCCGCCGCCCACACGCUACGCUUAUUAAGCCAGACGUCGGCAUUUGAAGGCUUGUUGUCCGACUCCGUCGCCGCUCGCCGCCUCCUGAUGCACGUGACUAUCCUCUUCCUGUCUGGCUGAGCGCGUUACGUUUCUCUGCGCCGCUCACAAGAAGAACACCGUUCUUGACAACGAUGUCGGUUUAUUUGUUUUUAUUUAGGACAUUUUUACACCUAACUGUUUUUGUGUAUAAUUGCUGUUGUACUUUGUACUUUUAUUGGUUGACGUCUGAAUUGGGCAUCUUUUAUUUCUACUAUUUCGUUUUGGUCACUUUUAGUGAUGUGUGUGACUCUAGAAGGCUAGAUACUAGCAUCAUAAAGCCGAAACUUGAUUUUGACGUAAAAUGCACGUUGGUUCCAUCAUUAAGUUUUUUUCUAAACUCAAACUUCUGUAGCGUGACUGUGGCAAAUAAAGCUGAUAAAAUGUAGGAGUUAGACUAACGCACGUAGCUGUCAACUAGAAAAUGGAUGCAGUGCGUCUUCGAUGUUUGUCAAACGUCCAAUAAAACUAAUCUGUGGAGUGAUUGUUCACAAAUGGAGUAAAACUGCUCAGCGCUUCAAUCCUCCCACCACUGUAAAACCGUUGGAAACCUGAAUCAUUCCAGAAUCUUCCUAAACAUUCAGGCAGUCGCAAUCACCGCCGAUUCCCCCUCCUUUUAAAAAUGAAAGCGCAUUGAAGUGUGAGAUUGAAAAAGGACCUUUUAGGUGUUUCAUUCAUGACAAGGGUGACCUACAGGCUGAUGGAGACCUGCGCAGCGAGCAGGUAAGUCAAGGGUGAGGUUGGUACAGACGCAAUCUGUUGACAGUUUACUUGUGUUACAGUUAAAAUGUGGCUUAAAGGUUGAGUUUAGUUAUUAAAAAAAACAAGUUUAAAGAGAUUUAGGUUAGUAGUCUGAACUGACUGGUCCACUGCACAGAUGGGUUCCAAAACAAUCAUAUUAAACAAUAAAAAUUUUAGAUUGUGAUUCUGUUAGAUGAAAAUCACUAGCAUGCAUGAUCAGAUGUGAUCCUUGUCAUUUAUUUGUUGCUGUUAAAACGAGCCAUUAAAGCUGGGAGGGACUAUUGGAAAAGUAGGAUGUCUUAAGGAAGGCCCUGCAUUUCUCUCCUCUGAUUGGCUAGAAGAACUCUCUUACGAUUGGCUAUUUCAUUUCAUCCUGCCACCAAGCAAACUCUUCCCUCGCUAAAGGCUCUGUCCUGCCACUAGCAGAACAGCUGUUCUAGAGAGCUUUGUGAAGAAAAUGCUGUAAUCAUUAUUUUCUGCAACAUGCUCUAGAAACUAAAACAUUAGGAACUAUUAAUGAGUCAGAAUCAGAAAAAGGUUUAUUGCCAUUGUCGGUGAACAAACAAUUCACAAACUAGGAACUUGCUUCGGUACUAACGUGCUACAUAUAACAUGAAUAAUAUAAUUAAAAGUAGAAUAAAAUAUAAUAAACUAGCAUAAAACUUUGCUAUUAAAAAGACAGGUAAUGGUAACAUGGCCGAUAACGUGACGUUAUGUCAAGUACAGAAGACGAGCAUGGUUGUGUGUUUAUAAGCUGUUCACAAGUCUAACGGCAGAUGGGUCUCGUAGCGUGUUGCCUUUCAAGCAUUGAGGUCGUCUUACUAAAGUAGAAUACAUAGGCUAAACAAAUGUGUGCCUUAUGUGCAAGAUACACAGGGUAUCCGCGGGUCCUUAAAAAGUCUUGAAUUAGCUUUUCCAAAUUUAAGGCCUUAAAAAUCCUUAAAAAUGACAAAUAAUCCUUAAAUACAGUUUCCAGAGGUCUUAAAUUACCAAAGACCUAAUAAACAAGAUUCUUUUAUUUCUAUAGGAUUUUAGUGAAUUUCUAGUUAGUGUUCAGCAGUUUUUGUGGACGAUGUUGGCGUAAGCGGAACCGUACACAUGCAGUUGGUUGUGAAAGGGAGCUAUUUUUAGAUGAGCACGCUAGCUGGUUAAGCUAGUGGGAGUGUGCGCCAUGGAGAAGUGGAAGUUUAAUGGUAACUGGAUGGCUAAUCCCACGAUCGCGGCGCGGUUAACACCGGUUCCAGGCAAUAGCUGAAAAUUAAAGCUUAAAUUUAAUUAUCAAAAUGAUAAAUGACCCGCACUUGUAUAGCGCCUCUCAGAGUAAGGACUCCAAAGUGCUUUACACUACAGUGUAUCGUUCAUCCAUUCACACACUGAUGGUGAUGAGCUACGAUGUAGCCACAGCUGCCCUGGGGCGCACUGACGGAGGUGCCACCGGUCCCUCCGACUACCACCAGCAGGUAAGGUGGGUUACGUGUCAUGCCCAAGGACACAACAGCAGAAUUCUCUGUCCGGAGCCGGGAUCGAACCUGCAACCUUCCGAUUACUGGACUACCCACUCAACCUGUCGAGCUACUGCUGCCCUGCUUAAAUAGCUUAAAUUUGGUCAAAGUGGCCUUAAAAAAAGGUCUUAAAAAGUCUUAAAUCUGGCUACCUUAAACCUGCAGAUACCUUGAUACAUGAAAUAUAAUAAAACUACUACUUUGCCCAGGUGUGUGCUACAGGUCUGUUCCUAUUCCAGGCUAGUGCUUGCUCUGUAAUCGGAAGGUUCCAGGUUCAAGCCCCCACUCCGGAAGUUGCUGUCGUGUCCUUGGGCAAGACACGAAACCCACCUUACCUGCUGGUGGUGUUCAGAGGGACCAGUGUAUGGCAGUAUUGCUUCUGUCCGUGUGCUUCAGGGCAGCUGUGGCUAUGAUGUAGCUGAUCACCACCAAGGUGUGAAUGUGUGUAUGAAUGAAUGACUGCAUUGUAAAGCACUUGGCUCCAGGACGCUAGAUGGCGCUAUAUCAAAUACAGGCCAUUAACCAUUUAUGAAAGUUAAGAUAUAACCUAAUAAGAUGACAAGAGUCAUCUCAGUGACCUAAACACAGUAAACAUUAAUACAGUUGAGUUCAUUAAGCCAAUCAGUAACAAGUUUCCUAUAUAAGGAACCCAGCAGGUUGCAUCGAGUCACUGACUAGUGUCAGAGUCUUUACAGCAAUUAUCUUACUAAGCAAGCAUGCGGCAACAGUGGAGAGGAAAACUCCCUUUUAACUCAUUCACUGCCAGCGUUCCUCACCGUUUUUACUGUUUUUAAGAGUCACAGAACGUUGCGCGCUUGGAUGAUGUUGACGCCAAAACAAAGAGACUCACCUCCUACGCCAGGAAGAGUCAGCGCGUUUCAAGCUUUAUCCGUUCUUUCGUAAUCCGUUGUUGAAUUGUGAUCGGCAGAAGCUUUUCCGGUUCGCGCCUCACUUGUUUUUUACAGCAGCGGCCCAAAACAAUCUAACACAUGGAUGUUCUGCUUCCUGAUCACGUGAUGUGUGACGUAUGCGGAUGAAGAUCGGCUUUGGAGCCGAGAUGUUUGUUCUUACAUUGCUGGGGCUCGUCCGACGCCCACACAGUAAAAAAAAUGCAAAUGGCGACUUUUGUUGUCAUUGGCAGUAAAUGAGUUAACAGGAAGAAACCUCCAGAGGAUCCCGGCUCAGUAUAAGCAGCCAUCCACCAUGACUCACUGGGGAUGGAGAAGACAGAGCAGAUGCUCACCCCAUAAAGCUUGGUUUAUGCUUGACGCGUUCACUUUCCGCUUGGUGAUGCGGCUCGUGGAUGGAACGCGCUUCACAACUCGCAGCGUUUAUGGUUCAUGCGGCUCGUCUCUGCGGUGAGCCAAUAUUCUCCCAAACUGUAGGGGGCAGCAUGGAGCUCUACGGCAUGCAUCCAACACUACACCAUAGUAGAAGUAGAAAUUACUGUUUACAACAUGGCAUUCCAGCAUUUUUAACAGCGUCCUCGUCUUUUCCGACAGUGCGAGCUAUUUCUCUCCAAGAAUUAUUAACAACAUGUUGAUCACGGUGAUCUCUGAGAGCUGAAUCAUACAAAUGUCUGUAUUUACCAACCUCUGCCAUACUAGUUCUUGCCGGUCCGCCAUGUUUUUCUGCGUCCGACCGUCCGCGUGGUUUGAAAAUUUCCUAGGUGCGCUGUGUGGAAAGUUUGGUCCGUGCGGAGGCGCGGUGGAGGGGCGUGGUUGUUAAAAGGAUGCAAAAUGACGCAACUUUUCCGCGUGGAGCUGUGCGGACCUCACGCGUCAAGCAUAAACCAACCUUUAGCCACACACAAAAUAUACCAAGUAGUAUUUCUUUGGCUACAUUAUUUCUUAUUAGAUAUUUUAUUUUAUUAGAAUGCGUCUAAUUCAACAUAAACUAGUAGUAGCAUGUUCAAUGUUAACAAAAGCAAAAUGUUAAUGUCGGGAGAGGGAGAAUGUUAAGUGGUUGGCAGCAAUGUGCCAGCUGACAGCCCCCUGUAUGAGGCCACCACAGCUCAGCAGUACACCAGUGCAGCUUCUUCUGGGGAGAAAAACACUUCAGAGAGAAAAUAAAGUUAACAGUUGAAGUGUCAAAAAUAGGGAAAUUAGAGAGUAGUGGUAGAAGAAAGUAGUCGAGUGUGGAAAGUGGCCAGUGUGUCCUCCAGCAGUCUAAGCCUAUAGCAGCAUAACUACAGAGAUAACUCUGGAUAAUCUAGCCUUUUAGAUGGAGGCAGGGCAAGGGAGAGUCGUCUUUACUGACUGUACACUCCACCUCCCUCUACUCCCCCACUUGUCCAGAUUUGGGCUAACAUCAGAUUUUAACCGUAAGGUCUAUCCAAAAAAAGUCUUAAAAGUAGACACGCUGACCUCAAUGCUGGGGACUGGAGCCAUCAGAUUCAGUCAAUACAAGUCCUUCUAAAAAAAUUAGCAUAUUGUGAUAAAGUUCAUUAUUGUCUGUAAUGUACUGAUAAACAUUAGACUUUCAUAUAUAUUAGAUUCAUUACACACAACUGAAGUAGUUCAAGCCUUUUAUUGUUUCUAAUAUUGAUGAUUUUGGCGUACAGCUCAUGAAAACCCAAAAUUCCUAUCUCAAAAAAUUAGCAUAUUUCAUCCGACCAAUAAAAGAAAAGUGUUUUUAAUACAAAAAAAGUCAACCUUCAAUUAAUUAUGUUCAGUUAUGCACUCGAUACUUGGUCGGGAAUCCUUUUGCAGAAAUGACUGCUUCAGUGCGGCGUGGCAUGGAGGCAAUCAGCCUGUGGCACUGCUGAGGUGUUAUGGAGGCCCAGGAUGCUUCGAUAGCGGCCUUAAGCUCAUCCAGAGUGUUGGGUCCUGCGUCUCUCAACUUUCUCUUCACAAUAUCCCACAGGUUCUCUACGGGGUUCAGGUCAGGAGAGUUGGCAGGUCAGUUGAGCACAGUAAUACCAUGGUCAGUAAACCAUUUACCAGUGGUUUUGGCACUGUGAGCAGGUGUCAGGCCGUGCUGAAAAAUGAAAUCUUCAUCUCCAUAAAGCUUUUCAGUAGAUGGAAGCAUGAUGUGCUCUAAAAUCUCCUGAUAGCUAGCUGGACCAACACCAGCAGCUGACAUGACACCCCAGACCAUCACUGACUGUGGGUACUUGACACUGGACUUCAGGCAUGUUGGCAUUUCCCUCUGCCCAGUCUUCCUCCAGACUCUGGCACCUUGAUUUCCGAAUGACAUGCAAAAUUUGCUUUCAUCCAAAAAAAGUACUUUGGACCCAGUGGCGGCGCCAGGGGGGCACUAUAUCUACCCCUGGAUUAGUCAUAGCACCCCCACGUAAAUAUUAUUUUAUUUCUUUUUUACAAUUAAUUUUAAUUUAACGUGUGGAUGUGAUAAUAUUUAACACACAAAACAAAAAUACUCAGUAAAUUAUCAUAUAGAUAGUAAAAACUUAAACCAAAACAGGAAAUGGAUGUUAACCUUUGACCUCAUUUUCCACCUGUGAACGAGUGAAAGGUAGAGCUAGCGGUAAAAUGGAUCAGUGUUUGUUGCCCACAUUUCCACGGGUUCAGUCAGACACGAAUGAAUGUUUGAAAGUGAUCUCAGACCCACAAAAACCUACGGAUCUGGAUGAAGAGAGUCAACCCUCAACCGCCGCAGCAGUCCAGGGUUUUGCCGCUGGAAAUGCUAACACUAACGUUAGCUAACCUUGCAACACUAUAGAUGGUUUUCUGUGUGGCUGUAUGUGUUUAUGAUUUCAUGGACAAGUCAGCGAUUGUUCAUAUGUUUAUGAUGUAUAUUAAUGAUGGUUUCAGGUGUUGUGCACGCAUGUGUAUCUGCUAGUUUUGAAGGUGUUUUAGAGAACAAUAGGUACACACGACCACUUCCUUCAUAGCACCCUCAAUAAAAAGACUGGCUCCUUCAUAGAACCUGCUGAAAAAAAUUUCUGGAGCCGCCACUAUUUGGACCACUGAGCAACAGUCCAGUGCUGCUUCUCUGUAGCCCAGGUCAGGCGCUUCUGCCGCUGUUUCUGGUUCAAAAGUGGCUUGACCUGGGGAAUGCGGCACCUGUAGCCCAUUUCCUGUACACGGUGGCUCUGGAUGUUUCUGCUCCAGACUCAGUCCACUGCUUCUGCAGGUCCCCCAAGGUCUGGAAUCGGUCCUUCUCCACAAUCUUCCUCAGGGUCCGGUCACCUCUUCUGGUUGUGCAGCGUUUUCUGCCACACUUCUUCCUUCCCACAGACUUCCCACUGAGGUGCCUUGAUACAGCACUCUGGGAACAGCCUAGUCGUUCAUAAAUGUCUUUCUGUGUCUUACCCUCUUGCUUGAGGGUGUCAAUGAUGGCCUUCUGGACAGCAGUCAGGUCGUCAGUAUUACCCAUGAUUGUGGUUUUGAGUAAUGAACCAGGCUGGGAGUUUUUAAAAGCCUCAGGAAUCUUUUGCAGGUGUUUAGAGUUAAUUAGUUGAUUCAGAUGAUUAGGUUAAUAGCUCGUUUAGAGAAGCUUUUCAUGAUAUGCAAAUUUUUUGAGAUAGGAAUUUUGGGUUUUCAUGAGCUGUACGCCAAAAUCAUCAAUAUUAGAAACAAUAAAAGGCUUGAACUACUUCAGUUGUGUGUAAUGAAUCUAUUAUAUAUGAAAGCCUAAUGUUUAUCAGUACAUUACAGAAAAUAAUGAACUUUAUUACAAUAUGCUAAUUUUUUUUGAGAAGGGCCUGUGCAACAGUGACAAAUGCAACAAGAUUUAUUAUGUGUUCACAUGUUAUGUUUUUCGUAUUUUAUGGGGAAAAAAACUUAAAACCUGUAUGCUGCAAAAAAGGACAAAAUGGUUAUUAUAGCACUAAGUUCACAUUUUCUUCAAAAAUUUAAGUCAGCUUAUCUAUUUGUGACACAAUGGCUUGCUGCUAAGUGCAAUGGCCAAUCGUAGGAGAGCCCUUUUAGCCAAUCAAAGGUGAGAAAAGUGGGACCUUCCUUGGACAUCCUACUUUUCCAAUAGCCAUGCCCUGGGCCUCACUAACAAAUGAAAAGCUGCCAUACAUAGGCACCACCCAUCCCACCGAUCACCACUGGCAGGCAAGGAGGGUGAAGCGUCUUACCCAAGGACGCAAUGACCAUGACAGGUGGAAUUCGAACCUGCAGUCCUCUGGUUAUGGGGCAGGUGCUUGACUCCUGCCAUCAUCGUUAUGAUCUACGUCAGUGUAGGAAGUUAACAUGAACUACUUAACAGCAGGGGUACAAAUUAACAUAAAAAUAGGAUCAGGUUCUCUUUGUGCUGCAAACUGCUUCUAGGACGUGACAAUUUCUGCAGUUAACGGAGCUAGACAUGAAAUCACACACGGUUUCAGUGUAAAACCUCCCUGUAAUUUUCUAAAUAGUAGUCCAUUGCAGUGAUGCAAUUUUAUAUCUAUGUAAAUUACAUCAAUACAAGUGACCUAACGACCUGUUUACUCCCAGCGUGGUUCCAGAAGUGCAGCGGUGUGUUUUUACUACUUUAAUCCUGGCAGUGGAGAGGAACAACAUCAUAUACGACAUCAAACAGCAAUAUCAAAAGUGAUUUCCUUCUUUUUCGUUUAAUGGUGGAUUGCAUAAACAAACAGUGACCUUUGAAGUCUUGAGGGAUCUUGUGAUCUCACGAAGCAAGCAAGGAGGAAUGGCAGAAGUCUCAAGGGAUUUAGUGAUCACGCAAGUCAAGCAAGGAGCACAGCCAGGAGUCCGUGCCGCUGCCAAGACGCCUGGUGUGAAAAGGUCCUCUUUGAAAAUUCAAGUAAAACAUUCCGCUGUCGUUUCUUUAGCUGAUUCUGAUGCCUCCAGUGUGAAACCGGGGUCAGGGGGAGACCAGACACCCUGUGGAGAAAACUCAUUUUAGUCGAUUAUAUCCACGAUCUCAUUCAUUUGGUCACUACCCAAAGCUCGUGACCAUAGGUGAUGGUUGGAACAUAGAUUGACCGGUAAAUCGAGAGAUCAAGUCUAAAUAGUCCAAAGUUGAUGCUCAAGCUGUUUUAAAAAGACGCCGCCAUCUUUGUUGUUUCGCCCCGUUGCAGCAACAUUUUCCCCACCAAACCGUUAUGGCACUGUGAAUGGCUCACAAAACCAAUAUGGCGCUCCAAGACACAAAAAUAAUCAGGUCUGCUGCUAUGGAGUGUGGCCAGACCAACCUACUGAGAAAAAUCCCUUUGUUUCUGCUAUAGUCUUUCUAGAUUUCUUAGCUAAUUGACCCCUACAUCUAAUGAAAAUCUUAACCUCUCCCAAAACAACCAGAAGGAUCCAAUGUACAUGUUUAUUGUAAAGGAGUGGACAAGCUAAAUCCCUAACUUGUCAGAGGCUUUGGUCCACAUUCUGUCUUAUAACUAUUGAAAAUAAAUACAGGACGAUCUGAGUGAGAUGUCCUCGCUAUUUUCAACCUUUUGUUACCAGCAGGUCCAUAAAGACCCUGGUGGAUAUUUAGUCACUAAUUAAUCAUCUAAACUCCACCAACUUAUGCAGCCGAAGAUUCAAAUAUGCUUAUUGAAAACCAUAUUAAUGUACUCCCACUGUUGACAUUCAACUGUCAAGAACAAGUAUAUUUCUACAUCUGUGGCAUAAUCAUGGUGUGUUUUUUGAAUAAACACAUUCUAGAAUAUGAUCGUCCUGCAUCCCCGAGACUUGAAAUGGAAACAGGUUUACUUGUAGCACAAAUCAGCAUGAUGAUUGUUUUUCUGUUGUCACCCAUCUGUGAAGUGAGUUCAGCCAUCAGUAUUCAGAUCCAUUCUAAGGGCUGGAAUAUACUUGCUUUUUAACCUCUGAUUGGCGCAGACAGCGGGCUGCAUCUUCGUUCACAUACUUGCUUCAGCACGACACUGCACUGCGUUGGAGAACUGGACAAUUCCGCUAGGGGGCACAGUAGAGUACGAUAGACUCGUUAGAGAGUCGGGUAUAGGGGGUACAACCAAAACAAACAUGGCAUCAGUAGAAGAGAUCAGCAACUGCUUAAUUUUGAGAUGACAGCAGAGGUAUUGUACAUAGUACAAAAGACCACUAAACAUGAGAUGGAGUGACCAAAACCCUCGUUUUGUCAACUCUGCCUAAAUGCGUCACAUUAACUUCGAGGUACGCGCACAAAUGACGCUUCACAUCAGUGUAAUUUAUGCGAAGCAGCCGUUUUAAACACGAGUACCUGUCGGCAAACAGCAAGUGUAUUUCCAGCCUUAUGAGGUUUGGAGAAAUCAGCCAGUAGAUUUACAAGAACAGGACUUUGAUUUGUUUAUUUAUUUGUUUUAAAUUAUUUUAGAUGUUUAUUCUGUAGACAGUACAUUAUGCUGCUGUAUUCUGAUUUGCAUGAGUAAAAUGUAACAUGGACUCAAUUUCUUCAUAAAUUACCUCCAUAUAAUAAAAGUUCUGCUUUGUUA